UUCAACCUUGGACCACUGCACGGAGAAACUAUCUGCUCUAAAUUCACACUGACAAUGCUUAUUCACUUCCGCUGACAUAUCUGAUAGCCAACUAAUUGUCAUUGAAGGAAACGUUUCCGAGUAAUGACAAUGUUGGGUAUGUAUGUGCCAGACAGAUUCUCUCUGAAAUCGUCAAACGUCCAGGAUGGAAUCGGUCUUUACACGGCGAGGCGAGUGAAAAAGGGAGAAAAGUUUGGCCCUUUUGCGGGUGAGAAAAAGCUGCCUAGUGAGCUGGAUGAAAGCUCGGACACCAGGCUUAUGUGGGAGGUCCGUGGCAGUAAAGGAGAUGUACUGUAUAUUCUGGAUGCUAGUAACCCACGCUAUGCCAACUGGCUGCGGUUUGUCCAUCAGGCGCCUUCACAAGAGCAGAAGAACUUGGCAGCCAUUCAGGAUGGAGAGAACAUCUUUUACCUGGCUGUGGAUGACAUAGAAACAGACACAGAGCUCCUAAUAGGCUACCUGGACAGUGAUAUGGAGGAAGAGGAGGAAGAUGAAGAAGAGGAGGUCAUCAAAGAUGAAGACGAAAACAGUAAAGAUGCCAAACAUCUCGUUGAAAUGGAACUAGUAAUAAAAAAGGAGGACCACCCCUGCCUGCUGUGUGAGAGCAGUUUUCCCAGUGAGGAGAUCCUGGCUGCCCACCUCCAGAGUCUGCACCAGAGGCCCAGCACAGAGGAGAAGGACUUCAAAUGCAGGAACUGUGGCAAGAAGUUCCCCAUCAAACAGGCUCUGCAGCGCCAUGUUUUGCAUUGUUCUGAGUCACUGGAUCCAUCAGUUGACUCUAAAGCGCACCAGUGCUCCCUCUGCCACAACACGUUCAGCUCCGAAUCUAGCUUUGAACAACACAAGGAGGCCUGUAAAGGAGAUGCCAGGUUCAUCUGUAAAGCAGAGAGCUGUGGCAAAAGAUUCAAGAGCAAGGAUGCUCUGAAGAAACAUAAAGGAAAUGUUCACACAGGGAGUGCACGCCGGAAACUCACAUGCACUAUUUGCAACAGGAAAUGCUCCUCCUCUCUGAAUCUACAAGAACACAGAAAGGUACAUGAAAUAUUUGACUGCCACGCAUGUGACAAGAAGUUCAUUUCUACAAAUCAGCUAAAACGCCAUAUGAUCACGCACUCAGAGAAGCGACCAUAUACCUGUGAGAUCUGUAGCCGUUCGUUUAAGCGUCUGGACCAGGUGACGGCUCAUAAGAUCAUCCACAGCGAGGACAAACCAUACAAAUGUAAGCUGUGUGGGAAAGAGUUUGCUCACCGCAACGUCUACAAGAAUCACAAGAAGACCCACUCUGAGGAAAGACCCUUCCAGUGUGAGGAGUGCAAAGCGCUGUUCCGCACCCCCUUCUCUCUACAGCGUCACUUACUCAUCCACAACAGUGAGAGGACAUUCAAGUGUGACCAGUGCGACGCCACGUUCAAGAGGAAGGACACGCUCAACGUCCACAUCCAGGUGGUCCACGACGGCCAUAAGAAGUAUAAGUGCGACCUGUGUGAGAAGGCCUUUGUCACGCCUUCUGUCCUCAAGAGCCACAAGAAGACACACACGGGGGAGAAGGAGAAGAUCUGCCCAUACUGCGGACAAAAGUUUGCCAGCAACGGCACGCUAAGGGUCCACAUCCGCAGCCAUACAGGUGAGCGUCCAUACCAGUGCCCGUACUGUGACAAAGCGUUCAGCAAGAACGAUGGCCUGAAGAUGCACAUCCGCACACACACCCGUGAGAAGCCGUAUAAAUGCAGCGAGUGUAACAAAGCCUUCAGCCAGAAGAGAGGACUGGACGAGCACAUGAGGACCCACACAGGAGAGAAACCUUUCCAAUGUGAUGUGUGCGACCUGUCAUUCAGCUUGAAGAAGAUGCUCAGCAGGCAUAAGCUCACACACAACCCUAACCGGCCCAUGGCAGAAUGCCAGCUGUGCCAUAAGAAGUUCACCAGGAACGACUACCUCAAAGUACAUAUGGAGAAUGUCCACGGGGAAACAGAGAGCUAGAGCCAAUUAUGGAACUACUGGCUGAAAAUGAUAUCUGAUUCCUCAGAUAAAGUUCAGCCUCAUGCUUCAUGCAACCAGCAUGGGCUGUACAUACUGUAUACACAGAUGGAUAGAUAGCAGGAAUGUUGUUAUUAAAGAAACAUACAUGUAGGAUAUGGAAAACAUUUGGACGAGUAUUUCAAAACUGAAACAUAGGCAGUGCAUUUUUUUAUUUCUUUGUCACAAUGUUUAGAUAUUGUUUUGGAUAUUUGAACAACAAAAAUCGGCAAAAAAACAAACAAACAAAAAAAAAAACCUCAAUGUUUGAGCUGCAUCCAGAGCCGCUGAUUCUGCACACAGAAAUGUCAGACAUUUCACUUCUAGUCUCUGAAUUCUAACCAGUGGUACUGUUCAUACUGUUACGGCCUGACCCCUUCCACUGUACUGACCAACUGUCUGAAUACUUACUGUACAUCUGUGGCCAGAUGUGUCAAAAACACCUGUGACCAAAGACCUUUUAGCGCAUUUCUUUGUUACCUCUACGCUUUCUACAUGUUUCUGCCUUUCUGUUACAUUUUGCACAUGUUCUUUGCUGUCCAAACAUGUUUAAUAUUUAGACUCUAUCGAGCCCCAAGAGCAUACUUCAAAACCGUGUUGCAUGUUUAUUAUUUCAAAAAAGAAGUAUUAAAACAGGAUGGUCGAACAGGAGAUGGAGAGGUGGAGCCAGAGAAUAUAAACAUACUGUCUUCUUUUUCAGAGCUACUACGUGCACUCAUUUUUAAAGCAUUAUGAAUGGCCCCAGGAAAACUUGCAGGGUUCUUGGUUCUUGUCUUGUAAUGUGGGAUAGCUGAUUGGAAGUGAAGAAUGAAAUUUGAAGAUUUUGCCUGUAACAUCUUAUUUCUGUUUUUAGGUAUAACCUGGUAGACAACUUUAAAACUGUUUUGCACCUACAUUAUUAACUUAAGAUUAAUAAGUUCACCUAUCCCUUCCUUUCCCGUGGCCUUUUGGUGCUUAAAGUGUGAUACUGUUUCUGGGUCCCGAAUUGUAUUAGGGACAAAAAAAACAUCCAAAGUACUGUGUGUGUGAGUGUGUGUGACUUUUGUAAUGAAUUGUGGAGUAUGUUUUCACAUGAAUGAUCCAGGGUUAUUGUGCCGUACAGUAUGUGUUUACUUCUUCUUUAUUAAUCAUUGUUCAAAACUGUAUUCCAUGUAUUUCAAUAGAAGAUCAAUUCUGUACUGUUUUAUAUCAAGACCAAUUUACUCCCUCAUUUACCGCCCCUUUUGAUUAAUGCACAGUUCCUUCUGUUUAUUCUGCCUUUGUAGACUGCGAAGCGUCACUUCACACGUUUGUAUUUUGAAAUGUAUAAAACCUCAUCACCUACCAAACA